CGGUGGUCCCGAUAUACCACAGCACAGAGCUUCGAAAACAUGGGCUCGGAGGGACCUAAAAAUGGUGGCCCUAGGGACAAAUCACCGGCUAAGGAUCCCAGUGAUGCGAUCGAUUUGGACGAUGUGCUGCCCAAGAUCGGUGAAUUCGGAUUGUACCAGAAGUGUCUGCUGUGGUUCGUUUGUCUCCCGGCGUGUCUGCCCUGCGGGUUCUGUGCUUUCAACCAGCUGUUCAUGUCCGACACGCCCGACCACUGGUGUCGAGUGCCCCAGCUGCAGAACUACACCCAGGAAGAGAGGCGAGCUCUGUCCAUCCCACGCAAGGCAGACGAUAAUGCGACGUUUGAAACGUGCAUGCGAUACGACGUCGACUGGUCCGAUAUACUGAGUAAGGGAGGUCCUAUAGCAGUGAACGAGAGCUGGCCAGUCGAGCCUUGCUUGGAUGGAUAUGAAUAUGAUACAAGCGAAGUCAAAUCUUCUAUUGUCAUAGACUUCAAUUUAGUGUGCGAAUACGAUGUGUACCCAACUCUCGGGUUAGUUGCGUUGAACGUGGGAGGACCCGUCGGGGUUUACUCGUUCGGUCUACUGAACGAUCGAAUAGGGAGGAAGAAGUCAUUCUUUGCUUGUUUAUCGACUCUUCUACUUGGAAGUAUGAUGACCGCUUAUGCACAUGAGUACUGGUUCUGGGUGCUAGCGCGGGUCAUAGUGGGACUAACUAUCCCAGCGGUGUACCAAAUCCCAUUCAUAAUAUCUUUAGAAUUAGCAGGUCCCAAUUAUAGAUCGUUCGUGACGGUGAUGACUUGUAUAUUCUACACGUUGGGUUUAAUUCUACUAUCAGUUGUUACUUAUUUUUUACGCAAUUGGAGGUCACUGGCAUUGGCCACAUCGACGCCAUUCUUCUUCUACUAUCUGUACUGGUUCGUACUACCCGAGUCCCCAAGAUGGCUCCUCAUGAGAGAGAGAUUGGAGGAAGCCAACAACAUACUAAAAAACAUUGCACGAGUUAACGGAAAAGAAUUGCCGGUCGAAUACACGAUAAAACUACAAAAACAAGUUCUAGAACAAAAGGAGAACGGAGCGAAGGAAGCCAAGACGCCUAGCGUAUUUGCAUUAUGCAAAACUCCUAAUAUGAGACUCAAAACUUUUUUGAUAACUUUGAAUUGGUGUGCUUCGGAGAUGGUUUACGUAGGGUUGAGUUACUAUGGGCCGGCGAUGGGGAGUAACCAGUACAUGAGUUUCUUCCUAUCGUCUGCUGUGGAGAUACCGAGCUACAUCGUGUGUUGGAUACUCAUGGAUCGUAUUGGCAGAAGAUGGCCGUUAUGCAUGUCGAUGGUUUUGAGUGGAAUCUUCUGCAUGGUGACUGUUCUGUUGCCGAGUGAUGCUGAAAAUGAAACUCUUGUGUUGUAUCUCAUUUCAAAGUGCCUUAUAUCUGCGUCGUUCCUCAUAAUCUACCCGUACGCUGGCGAAAUUUACCCUACGGAACUUCGGGGUAUAGGCAUCGGAACAUCAGCUUACAUCGGAGGAUUGGGACUAAUAGUUAUUCCCUUUAUUAAUUACUUGGGUACGAGUAAUUUGGUUCUGCCCCUGUUCGUGAUGGGAGCAGUCUCUGUGGUGGGCGGUCUGACCGCGCUGCGUCUGCCGGAGACCCUGCAUACGCCCCUGCCGCAGACCGCUGAGGAAGGCGAGGAGUUCGGCAAAGAUUGGACCUACAAAGACUGUCUCAACUGCGGCGGACAAAAGACCGCAAUAUCUGAAUCAGAUUCCUACGAGAACCUGGAUGAACUGGAGUUGACGCAAGCUCCUGUAGUCGAGGAGGUGCCUGCUAUACCAAUAAUCAGGAGAAACUCUAUGCGCAAGCUCGUCCGGCAAGCGAGCACUCUAGAAACGCAAAGGGACAGAGACGGAAGUCUCAAAAUGACGUAUUGGUUCUAGUUUUAAAACUAAAUGCAGUGGUAGUAUAGAUGUCCUUUACUAAUAAAAGUAUUAAAGCCCACACCAACCUGACUGUCAGCCGUGCAACGUAGGUGAUCGUGACGCAAUUAUUAUACUAAGGUUGAGUUGUACCAACUAACUUUAACUAUA